AUUCCGAAUACGUGUAGUAAUUAGUUGUGGUAGCGGUACUUCCGGCAAAUCAGAAAGGAAGAAAACAGUGAUAUGAAACUCAGUCAUGGCAGUGGUACAUUUGUAACAGAAUCAAUAAAGAGCACCAGAAAAUUUGUAUCGCUCUAAACCUGUUUAAUACAUGUAGAUAUGGAGUGUGAAUUGUAUGAUGGAAAAGGUUCCAGUGUUCCAGGAAGAAAGCAGUCAGUAGAUUCUAUGCUAAUUAUAAAACAGGAAGUUGUUGACAAUGCAAUUGAAUCUACUGUAUAUAAAAAUUAUGAAAAUCUACAAGAGUUAAUAAGUAAUCCCACUACAUUUAGCAACAGCAGAGAUAGAAAUACAGAUGAUUCCAGAAACAAAUUGUUAGAUGAAAUAAAGCAGGAACCCUGUUCCCCUAAAAGUGAAAGUGGAAACAAUAUACUCAAUGGGUAUACUGAGGAAUGGACAUACAUAGACAAGACAGCUGUAAAAGAUGAAGAUAAUAAAUCGAACGAAUUGAAAGACAGAACAGAUGGGGUUACUGACCAGAUUCCUUAUCAAGAUGAAACUGAUCAAGAAGAUCCUGUCAUGUAUAUUUUUAAUGCAGAAAAUGACAUGUCUGAAUUAAAUGAUGCAAAUGAAAAUGUGAACACUGGAGAAGUCCAAAAUAGGAGAAAAAGAAAAGGAACAAAACCAAAAAAGAUCAGGCAAAAUGUUGAAAAGAUUGAAGAUUUGAAGUACACAUGUACUACAUGUGAUCAAAGGUUUAGUAAAAAGAAAGAACUACAAAUGCAUACAAAAUCACAUAACAAAGAUGUUAUUCACAUCUGUGGUGUUUGUGGGCAACAAUAUAAAACUAAAAAAAUCUUGAGGUCACAUGCCAGAAUUCAUGCAAAAGAACAGUUUCAUAUUUGUUCCACAUGUGGAGAACAAUUUAGUAAAAAAAUUGAACUUAAAAGGCAUUUGAAAGUUCACACUGGUCCUAAACGACAUGCUUGUGACAGGUGUGAUAAAGUUUGUAAUCGAAAAGCAGAGCUGAUUGGACACAUGAGAACACAUACAGGUGAAAAACCCUUUCUUUGUUCAAUAUGUGGUAAAGGGUUUGGAUUCCCUCACCAUCUUAAGGGACAUCUACUUAUACAUACUGGAGAAAAACCUUACUCCUGUCAUAUUUGUGGUAGGGGUUUCAACGAUCGCAGCAGUAUGCGAAGGCACUUAAAAACACAUGACCCUUUUGAAACUGAUGUGACUGAUGCUUCAUUGAUACAUGACGAAUCUUUAAAAAAUGAGUCUGGUGUGAAUGAAGUUAAACGUUUUAGGAGACGCCAGGUUUAUUCAAGAUCACAUGUCUGUGAGUUUUGUGGUAAGGCCUUCAUCAAAGGUCAACAUUUACGUGUACAUAUACGUACACAUACUGGUGAGAAACCACACCAAUGUGAUGUGUGUGGAAAACAAUUUAACGAUCCCAGUAGUCUACGUCGUCACAUGAGAACUUACGCUAAUCGACCCCAUGUAAACAGUGAUGAAAAGGUCAAAGAAUAUAAAUGUCCUAUUUGUGAAAAGGAAUUUGGUUAUCGCAGAAAUUACAGGAAUCAUGUUAAAACACAUUCAACAGGGAAACAGUUUGAGUGUACAACUUGUGGGAAAUCUUUUCACUUGAAACAUCACCUUAGACAUCACAUGACAAAGCACAUGGUCGAAAAACCGUAUAAAUGUACUAUUUGUGAUAAACGUUUCAGUAAUUACAGUAUGUGGUAUUGUCAUUUCAAAACACAUAAUACUAAAGGAGAUUAUAAAUUUCAGUGUAGUAUUUGUACAAAGUUCUUUUUGACUGGUGCUCAUCUAAAAUUUCACUUAAAAACUCACAAAAAUGGAAAUUCAAAAACAUCAGAAAACAAUCAAUUGAAAUCCAAGUUAACAGUUGAUAUACAAAGUGAGGACUACAUUUGUACAUUGUGUAAUGAUGUAUUCCAAGAUAAAAUGAGCUUAAGACAGCAUGAAAUUUUUGUUCAUGAAGAAGAAUUGAAUGGGAACAUUAGUCCGGUUGGUAGCGAUAAUUUUAACAUUGUUGGCACAAAGGAUGAUGAUCUGUCAGGCCAGAGUACAGACAUGGAAUUGACAGAAAAUAAUAUUCAUAAUGACCAAUCAGUGUUGGAUAAAAGUUUACCAGUCGAACAAAGCACUGUAGAUCUUAAUUUGAUAAAUGCUAAAAAUAUGGAUGCUUUUUUGAUACAAAAUGCAUUAGAGGAAAGUCUGAAUAAUUCUUCUGAAUCAACAGAGGGACAGCUCAGUAUUGAAAAAGAAAGUUCCAAAUUCAGUGAACAUGAUGACAGCUACUUAGACUUUAGUACAUGUUCAGAAAGAUUAAAGACUGCUUCAGACAUAGAGUCAAAAUCUGAAAAUAAACAGAAACGAUUUGAUUGUUCUGAAUGCUCAAAAAGUUUCAGCCGAAAAGAUUCUUUAAAUACACAUUUUAGACUUCAUACAGGGCAAAACAUACACAAAUGUAAUCUAUGUGGAAAAAUAUUUCCAAAGAGGAGUAACUAUAUUCGACAUAUGGAAUCUUGUGGGAAAAGAGAAAGAAGGGUAACACAAAAUGAAGUUCUGAAUGAAAAUUCUUAUUCUAAAGAUUUCACGGCUCAAGAACAAUUUGAGGUCUCAGAAAAUGCUCAUGGUGACAAUAUGAUAAAUGAUAAAAAUAUGGAUGCUCUUUUGAUACAAAAUGCAUUAGAGGAAAGUCUGAAUAAUUCUUCUGAAUCAACAGAAGGACAGCUUAGUAUUGAAAAAGAAAGUUCCAAAUUCAGUGAACAUGAUGACAGCUACUUAGACUUUAGUACAUGUUCAGAAAGAUUAAAGACUGCUUCAGACAUAGAGUCAAAAUCUGAAAAUAAACAGAAACGAUUUGAUUGUUCUGAAUGCUCAAAAAGUUUCAGUAGAAGAGAUUCUUUAACAACUCAUUUUAGACUUCAUACAAGGCAAAACAUACACGAAUGUAAUUUAUGUGGAAAAAUAUUUCCUAAGAGGAGUAACCAUAUUCGACAUAUGGAAUCUUGUGGAAAAAGAGAAAGAAAGGUAACAAAACAUGAAGUUCUCAACGAAAAUUCGAAUUCCAAAGAUUUCACAGCUAUAGAAGAGUUUGAUGUCUCACAAAAUGCUCAUUAUGACAAGGCAACUGAGAUUGGUGUACCGUCAAAAUCAUUAAACAAACCUUUUUCAUGUGACUUAUGUGACAAAAGCUUCACCAUGAAAAGUUCAUUAGUGACACAUUACAAACUUCACACAGGCAAAAAUCUAAUGGAGUGUGAUGUCUGUGGUAAAAAGUUUACCAAGAGUUAUACUUAUUUACGACAUAUAAGGACACAUACUGGAGAUAAACCUCAUAAGUGUGAUUAUUGUGAACGUGGCUUUGGGGAUAAAAGUAGUUUAAAUAGACACUUGACAACAAGACACAAAAUGGAGACACCAUAUGUCUGCCACAUGUGUAAUUCAAAGUUUUUUUCAAAAUCUAGCCUGGAAAAACACGUCUGGACCCAUGAUCAAGAAUCAUUUGAUGAGAUGAAUUUUAAAGAUGGAUCAGAAGAUUUACCUGUGAGAAAGAGAUUACCGAAAAUUCAGUUUAAGUCUUCCGAACUUGAAGAGUCGGCUAAUGACUCCUCAGUGUGUGAAAUGGCACAAACAGCAACAGAUGAAUAUUCCACAGAAGAACCCUUUGAUAAUACUUAUAUGGUUCAAGUUAAAAUUGAACCUGAAGAACUAGAAUAACAUUUUUUGACAACAUGUUCAUGGAAAGUUAUAACUUAUUAUAUAAAAAAAUUAGAUGUGUUUCUUGUAUAAAUCUAUAAUAGGUUUUUUACCAUGUCAAAUUUUAUUGCAAUUUCUUGUUUUUGCCAUUUGUUUAAAAUAGAUUCUGUGUCCAAGUUUUGCUUACAAGGAUAUGAAAUGCUCUGUUCUUUUUUCUGUUGUAAAAGACCUUUCACGAUCCUCUUGUUUUUUUCUCUGAAUUAAUAAAAAGGUUCAAAAUUUUGGAGGCUGGCAUUUCUUUGGCUGAUGUUAUAGUUACCAGAACAAGAAGUUAAAUGGAGUGUUGUCAGAUCUUUGUAAGGAAAGCUUGAAUGAAGGACCUGUGUUUUAAUCAGAUUGUUGCAUUUGUUAUGAUUUUUUUUUAUUGUACUAGAUAUUGCUUGUUUAUCAAGGUCACCAUGGUCACUAUCAGUAAACUUCAGUGCCAAAACUUGUUUACAAGCAGUCAUUGUUUUUUUUUUUAUAUUAAUCUUAUAAUGAAUUAUUUUUCAUGUGGAUUUCAAAAGUAUAUAUAUAUCAUGGGUUCAUACAAGUUUAAAAAAAGAAAAAAAUGUAUAGAGGAAUUAGUUUUAAUAGCACAUAUAUGCAUCAUGCAUGCAUUGCCUUAAUAAUUUUCUUAACAUUAAAGUGAACAGAAUUUCUUCCAACAUAACUUAAAAUUAAUUUGCAUAUAGACUGUUGGUUUUCCCGUUUGAAUGGUUUUACACUAGUAGUUUUGGGGCCUGUUUUUACACUAGUAAUUUUGGGGCUUGUUGUUCGGUGUGUCUGUGAGCCAAGGCUCCGUGUUGAAGGCCGUACUUUAACCUUUAAUGGUUUACUUUUUAAAUUGUUAUUUGGAUGGAGAGUUGUCUCAUUGGCACUCACACCACAUCUUCCUAUAUCUAUAUAGUAUAAUAAUAUAAGAAGUAAUAUAAUUAAGCUUUGUGUUUUUCAUAUGUGUAUGCUGUAUGUUAAUGAUGAAUUUUAUUGUACUUUUUUUUAAUGAAGAUUUUUAUAGAGUAUAUCUAAUCAGUUCUUAUAAGAACUUUUAGUAUCUUUUCUAUUGUUCUUAGAGAUUUGUAAGCUUAAAGAAGAUUUCUUAAAGAAUGGAAGGUUGAUUAAACUUUGAUAUGGUACAUGUAUAUGAAAUUCCCUUGAUUUAGUUCUCUUUGUAAAAUACAAGGUAGGAGCAUCAUAUGAUUUAAAAUGUUAAUUUGUGGUUCAUCUAUCUGAUUACCAUAGGGAUAUUGGCAGUUAUUAUUGAAAGAAAAUAAAUUCUUUAUCAUUUUAAAAUGAGUCUAUGUCUUUUUACCAUGGUGUAUGUCUUACAUAACAAUAUGUAUAUUGGUAUUGCCUUGUUGUUAUCGUCAGCAUCGCACGAAAACAGAUGGUUUCUGGAUAAUAACUUAAGUAUAAGUGAAUAGAAAUCAAUAAAAUUUUAACACAAGUUUAAUAAUCACUAAAGUUAAGAUUUGGGAUAGUUUUUUGGGUUAUAGUCCUACUUGUUUAAGAAUUAGGGGCCCAAAAAGUGGCCCAAAUUAGCAUUUUUCUAGACAAUUACUUGUGUUUAAGUUUAUGGAUCUUUCUGAAAUUAUACCAUAAGGUUCCAUACCAUAUAAGAAAGGUUCAGGUAGAUUUUGGGGGUCAUGGCCCUCACUGUUAUAAGGAAUAAGGGGCCAAAAACAAUACUUUCUAUAUUGCUUAUUUCUUGACCAAUUUCAAUUAGGUUUUAUUCUUGAAUUCUUAUAGGAUUUUUUAACAUGCAGAAUCUAACUGUGUAUUUAGAUUUAUGUUUUUGGUCCCAUUUUCAAAUUGGUCUACAUUAAGGUCCAAAGGGUCCAAAAUUAAACUUUGUUUGAUAUCAACUAAAAUUGAAUGUAUAGCAUAAUGGGGUUCUUUGAUAUGCUGAAUAACCAUGUAUUUAGAUUUUUGCGCCCAUUAUCAAAUUGUUCCACAUUGAGGUCAAAAGGGUCCAAAAUUAAACUUUUUGUUUGAUUUCAUAAAAAAAAUCAAUUACUCGGGGUUCUUUGAUAUGCUGAAUCCCACCAUGUAUUUAGAUUUUGGAUAUUGGACCAUAAUAGGUAAAUGUCCAAUUCAAUUUUUUUUAAUUCUUAGACCACACUAGAGCACACCCGUGAUAUCGCGGGUCCGUGACUGAAUUAAAGCAUAUAAUACUUAGUAUAAGUAUUGUCAUCUGAUAAAGUCAUGCCGAUUAUAAGAUACACAGUUUUCUCUGCUUUCAAAUCUUUGUUUGAACCCGUCGAACUGGAACUUAUCAAUUAUUGGUAAUAUUAAUUAUUUGGAAAACAAAAGGUCCUGGAAUGGAGUAUUUUUUUUAACAGCACUGUCCUACAUUAGUUAUAGAUAAAGUUGAAUUCUUUGAUUAGCUGUUUUACGUCAUGUCCACUAACAAACUGAAAACUGUACCUAUACGUCUUAUUUUUAGUCCAGAUUUUUAGGAUUCGUAUUGUUAUCUUAGAAAGUCUUACUGAUUGAAAUACUACAAUAGGUAACAAUUUGAUAAUUUAGUAGUGUCAACCCUGUGAAUAUGACCCGUGUAUAUAGCAUAUUAAUCCUGAAUACACCAUUUAGUGGUGCGCCAGUCAGAUGCGGAACGUACAGAUAAGGUAAUAGGUAACUGUUACAGGUGAAAAUACUAUUGCUAUCGGUCUCGGACUCGACCCGGAACUUCUUAAUUAUUGGCAAUAUUAAUUACGUGGAAAACAAAAGGGCCUGGAGGGGUGUAAUUUUUAAUAUACACCUUUGUAAUAUAUCAGUUAUAUAAAAAGUUGAAUUCUUUGAUUCGUCGUUUUUACGUGAUGACGGCUGACAAAUUGGACCUCGUAAUUUUAGUAUUAUAGAUUCAUUCUGUGUCAGAAACCUAUGCUGAGUCAAAUAUGUAAUCACAAUCCAAAUUCAGAGCUGUAUCAAGCUUGAAUGUCGUGUCCAUACUUGCCCCAACUGUUCAGGGUUAGACCUCUGCCGUUGCAUCAAGCUGCGCCCUGCAAAUCAUUUUAUUUAUUGUUAAGAAGCCUGUAUAUAUCCCCAUUUUACAUAAAUUAAAGAAAUAUACCACACCUACGGUGUACUUAUAUUUUUAUACUGAUCAUAUUUAUGUAUUUAUAUACACAUGUUAACUAUAAAAUACAAUUACAAUAAUUUGUACAUACAUAAAUGGCUGCCUAUAAAUACCCUGCACAGUUGAAAGACUUUCAUUUCAAAUAUGUUAAUCAUAGUUUGUGUCUUAUACUGUUAUAUAUUAAAUUUGAUAUGAUUUAAUUAAUGUCAUCUUUGUGGUGGGAUUUUUUGGGGAAGAUUGCAUGAAAUGUAACUAAAACAUAUUCAAUACAGAUAGACUUAAAAAUAAAUAUAUUUUUUUA